AUGUCGGCUCUCGUCCAGGACACCCCCGACCGGGCCGUCACAGCCAUUGAGCCUCUGACAGGAAGCGAUAACUACGCUACCUGGAAGCGCCUCAUGACUUCCUACUUGAAAGCCAGGCAGGUCUGGGAUGUGGUGUCGGGCGACCUCCAGCGUCCAGAUUGCCAGUUCAAAUAUGCCAAGCCAAUCACAGCGGAUAUCACUCCGCUUGUGGAGCCCCACCUUAAUGGGGCGGUGCGGCAGAGGGCCAUCGAAGCACGCCUCGAAGUGGAGGUCCAAGCUUUCGAGCGUCAUAAAGAAUGGUCGAGGCGCGAAGCCGAGGCCUAUCAUAUUAUCUUCCGGUACAUCUCUCCCAAUAUCAGUGUGCACGUCGCGGGACUAGAGACCUCUCGCGAGCUCUGGAAUGAAUUAGAGGAAAGAUACCGGCGCAUGGAGCUGGCUACGUUUUGCGAGCUGUUCGCCCAGCUUCGCGAAACCACGGCCGCCCGAUGCGCCAGUGUUGUGAUACAUGGCACUUGCUGCUCAGGAAUGAAGCCGCAACAUCGGAAAUAA